GCAUGGCGGGAAUUUACUUUCACUGCCUGCGACCUUAAUCCUCAACUACCGUGCAGAAGUCAAGUGAAGCAGCUGUUCGCAUAUUAUAAUCAAUGUACCUGGGUUUUAAAUGGAUGAGACAGCGAAACUAGUCACGAGCGUGAGUGUUGAUGACGCCUCCGUCAAAUGUACGCCACAACAAGGGGGCGUGUCUUCAAGAAGAAGACCUCCAGAUUCCAGAUGUAGCGCCAGGAACGUAAAUUCUGGCUUUAAAUCUCCUGUUCAGAAACCCAGUAUGGUGAAAUCUGCAGUCUGCCCAAAGGAAGAGGUCAAAGCGCUCAGGAAAACACUAGAUCAGCUUGACUCUGAGAUCGCCCUGCUGGAAGAGGAAGGAUUUGUUGUGCAGGAGUUGGAUCAGCACAUAGAUUUAUUACACGAAUACAAUGACAUCAAAGACAUUGGACAAAGUCUUCUGGGCAGAUUAGCCAGCCAGCGUGGAGCUACCACACGAGACUUGUACAGUCACUUCGGCCUUGGGUUGGAUGACUGAGCUGCAUGAGAGAGCUGUGGAGAACGAGAAGCUGGAAGGAAGGCCUCAUUGAAUACUGUGACGCUGUAAAAGCACUAUUUAAUUAUUUUCUGACCCUCAUGUUGUUCCAAACCCUUAUGCUAUUAUUGCUUCUGUGGAACACAAAAGGAGACUUUUUGAAGAAUUCCACACAGAUCUUUUUCAUAUAAUCUUCAAAAAUUACUAAAAGAACCAUAAAAGUAGUUCAUAUUAUUCAUGCACUAUAUUCCAAGUAAUUUGAUAGGUUUGUGUGAGGAAUAGACUAUAAGCUGUUAUUCACUGAAAAUCUUGCUCUCAGCCAAAGCUCUGAAAUGAUUCAAAAGUAGCACGCCAAGGUGUAAUGAACUGCUUUGAUGUCUGACACCAAACAGCAUUGUUUCUUGCAUGUGUUGCAACCAAACGUGACGCGUGUUCGAAUAUGUGGACUUGAGAAUGACAUUUGAGAUCUGUGGAGUGGAUGAUUUUUAGUGAAUAACAACUUAAAAUAUGGUUUGUUCCUCACACAACGCUAUCAUAUGGAUUCAGAAGACUUGGAAAAUAGGGCUACUUUAAAGGUGAUUUAUAUAUAUAUAUAUAUAUAUAUAUAUAUAUAUAUAUAUAUAUAUAUAUAUAUAUAUAUAUAUAUAUAUAUUAUUUAUUGUUUUUAUUUUAUUUAUUUUUUUGUGUCCUUUUGAGCUUGACAGACAUGGCCACUAUGAACUGUUAUUAUAUGGAAAAGAGCUGUGUGACUUCUUUAAAAACAAUCGCCUUUUCAGUUGCAUGGGAAAAAACAGCAUAAGGGUUUGGAACAACAUGAGAGUGAGUAAAUAAGACAGAAUUUUCAUUUUUGUGGGAAUUAUUCCUAUAAAUGGGUGGAAUGUACCAUUUGUGGCCUUGACUGUAGUCAUUCAUAUGCAAUAAUUUUAUUUAUAACAAAUAUACUAGCUAGUGUUGUUUAUCUUCACUGUGUUUUUGCUGAAUAUCUGCCUUGUUUCAGUGAAAUGAACAUACUCAAAUAUGUCAAGCUGAUACUACAUUGCAAUUAAUUAAACUAAUGUAUUAUUGUUGUCCCAAUAUUGCUUAGCUAUAAAUUAGCUAAAUUAAAUUUCAUUUAACAAAUAUUAUUAUUACUUUUAAGUGUAUAUACCAUACUUGUCUGGUGGCUCAGUUAAGCUCUAAAGGUCAUGUCCUGUAACUUUAAAAUGGCUUGUCCAACUGUAGGAAAAUUAUGAUAGAGGGUUAUGGAUUGUGUCAUAAUAUUUGUGGAUUGCAUAGAUAAUACUGCCUGCUACACUGAUAUCAAGCUGCAAAAGAUCGACAGUCAUACAAUACUUUGUGUUAUCUAACAUGAUAAUCAAGUUUGAGUAUAGUUUUUGCUUAGUAGAGGUGGUUUUCAAAUUAAGAAAUGUGUGUUUGCUCUCUUUUUGGUAAUGAAGCAAAGAAAAUACUGUGCUCAUCAAUAAAGCAUGAAUUAAUUUGAUGAAAAUUAAUUUGUUGGGCAAAGCA